AUGGCAUCUCGCAUUCCCAAUGUCGCACCCAAGAACCGGGUUAGCAACGCCAACGGCUGUUAUCUCAGAUGCCGCGAUGUAGACGGCACGUCUGUCAUUAUCACUCAAACUGCUACUGGUCUUGGCGCUCAUACACGCUGGAUCUAUCCAGAACAAGACGUAAACGACGACGAUGAAGAAGAAGAAAAUGGUAUGGAUGUAGACGAGGGUAGGGACGCCACGCCACCGCCGACCACAAUGACCCGAUUCCCUGAGACUCCUAUGACCCAGCAUACGUUCGAUGCUGGUUCUGUCCUUCGCACACCCAUAAAGAGGCCUCAACCGCUUCAGCGCAGCCCCGAACGCAUCGGCUUCCAUGGGAUUGACUUCUGGCACAAUAAUUCACUGGGCACUCGCACUGUCGAGCAGACUGCCUCUGGUAUUCGUAUGAGAUAUGUAUUGCCGAGGCCCGUCGGCUGUGUCACGAACCUGACGCAAGAGCAAAUUCUCGAGCACGAG